AUGCGCGAGUGUGUGUCCUUACAUAUUGGGCAGGCUGGUGUACAGAUCGGAAACGCCUGUUGGGAGUUGUUCUGCCUGGAACAUGGCAUACAGCCUGACGGUUUGAAGCCCAGCGACAAGUCCAUCGACUCUGGUGACGUCUCUUUCCUUGACACGUUUUUCGCGGAGACGGAGGGAGGCAAGUGUGUUCCAUUGGCUACUUUCGUCGACUUGGAACCCACUGUGAUCGAUGAAAUCAGGAGCGGGCCAUACAAGUCUCUGUUCCGUCCUGAACAGAUGAUUUCUGGCAAGGAAGACGCUGCAAAUAUCUACGCAAGGGGAUUUUACACCGUAGGGAAGGAGAUCAUUAACAAAACGUUGGAUCGAAUCCGUAAAGUGACGGAGUGUUGUUCAAGUCUCCAGGGUUUCCUGAUUCAACACAGCUUUGGUGGCGGAACAGGGUCAGGGUUCACCGCGCUGCUGAUGCAGAGGCUAUCUGCGGAGUACGGCAAGAAGUCAAAACUACAGUUUUCCAUCUAUCCGUUUCCCCUAAUGUCCUCAGCAGUGGUUGAGCCGUAUAACGCCGUCUUGUGCACUCACGCCACGAUGGAACACUCCGGUUGUACUUUCCUGCUAGAUAACGAGGCCCUGUACGACAUCUGCUGCCGCGGGCUUGACGUUGAGCGUCCCACCUACACCACCCUCAACCGUAUGAUAGGGCAGGUCAUCUCGUCCAUCACCGCUCCCAUGCGGUUUGAAGGCUCACUGGACGUGGAUCUGACCAAGUUCCUGACCACUGACUUUGUGCCGUAUCCCCGCAUCCACUUUCCCCUGUCCACCUAUGCCCCCUUCACCUCUACGGAGAAGUCUUAUUAUGAGUCAGUUGGAGAGAUCACUGACAGUUGCUUCGAACCAGGCAACCAGAUGGUAAAGUGCGACCCUCGAAAAGGGAAGUUCGUGGCGUGCUGUUAUCUGUUGUACCGUGGUGGCGUCAACGCGAAUGAUGCCAUCGCAAGGCUCAAGGCCAAUAAGAAUAUCCAGUUUGUUGACUGGUGCCCGACAGGCUUCAAGGUUGGAACCGACUACCGUUCACCGAUUGCAGUGCCUGGUGGAGAUAUGCCAAAGGUUCGGCGGGCUGUCUGCAUGUUGAGCAAUACUACCGCCAUUGCCGAGGCCUGGACCCGUCUGGACCACAAGUUUAACCUAAUGUGGGCCAAGCGUGCCUUCGUUCACUGGUACCUGGCGGACGGUAUGGAGAACUGGGAGUUCUCCGAGGCAAGAGAAGACCUGGCGACCCUUGAGAAGGAUUAUGAAGAGCUUGGUCGCGACAAAAGUGACGACGGGAGCGAUGGAAGCGAGGAAAACUAG